CUAGAUGUUUCUGCAAAGCCAGCAGCCAGCUCUCACCUACCCAAGGAGAGAAGAUCGCUUCCAAGACAGUGCAGCGCACUGCCCCUGCAGAGAGACCUCACAGGAGUAACCCAGCCUUAACCUUUUGUGCCUAUUUUGCUAUAAUUUUUCUGCAUUAGCCUCGCCACCCUUGCCACACUUUUUUGUUUUCCGGAAUUUCAACCUUUCAGUCCGGACCCCUCCAUGGCUCCCUUAACCGAAGUCGGAGCCUUCUUGGGCGGCCUGGAGGGCUUGGGCCAGCAGGUGGGGUCGCACUUUUUGCUGCCUCCUGCAGGGGAGCGGCCGCCACUCCUAGGCGAGCGGCGGGGCGCGCUGGAGCGGGGUGCCCGAGGCGGCGGGCCGGGUUCGGUGGAGCUGGCGCACCUGCACGGUAUCCUGCGCCGGCGGCAGCUUUACUGCCGCACCGGCUUCCACCUGCAGAUCCUGCCCGACGGCAGCGUGCAGGGCACCCGGCAGGAUCACAGCCUCUUCGGUAUCCUGGAAUUCAUCAGUGUGGCAGUGGGACUGGUCAGCAUCAGAGGCGUGGACAGUGGUCUUUACCUUGGAAUGAAUGACAAAGGAGAACUCUAUGGAUCAGAGAAAUUGACUUCGGAAUGCAUCUUCAGGGAGCAAUUUGAAGAGAACUGGUAUAAUACCUAUUCAUCCAACAUAUAUAAGCAUGGAGACACUGGACGCAGGUAUUUUGUAGCACUUAACAAAGAUGGAACUCCAAGAGAUGGUGCCAGAUCCAAAAGACAUCAAAAAUUUACUCAUUUCUUACCGAGACCAGUGGACCCAGAAAGAGUUCCAGAACUAUACAAAGACUUACUGAUGUACACUUGAUGAACCUGGAGCCAUUAUUUUUAAGUCACAGUUUCUGUUAAAUAACACUGAAGAUGUUCACAAUAUUACAAAGUCUGUUUUUCACUGAGAGACUGUAUUUGUGAAGAAUAUUGAGAAUAAGGAAUUAACUUGAAGCAAAGCAAGAUCAUUCCUCAUAAAUGGAUUAUAUUUCCUCAGACUCAUUGGCCCAGUCUUACCAGCUGACUGAAGCUGAAAUCAGUUAAUCUGUGGAUAAUGUGAAUCUUGCUGCUGAUGCAUCACCUCUAUGGAUAAUGUUUACUUUGGACAUUUACCUUGAGAAUAGAUACUUCAUGUUGAAGAAGUGUAUCAAGAUGACAUAAUUACCGCCUCAUAAAUUCUGAGGACCUUGUAGAAAUCUACAGGUUAUAACAUUAUAGAUAAAAAAAAAACAAAAAUCAAAAUUCUAGAUGACUUUGAGCUACAAAACAUGCCACACCAGGAUGGAACAUUUCUUUUAGAAGAAUGGACCUAUUUAUAUGUUUUUCAAUUUAUAAAUAUUUAUUAUAUAUAUUUAUUUAUUAAAGAGUUUAUUUUUACUGGUAUAUGAAGACUAUACAAAAUAAAGCAAACAAAACAACAACAAAAUGUCCUUUAUUGUUCCAUUACAUUGUUUUU